GUCAAACUGCCUAGAGAAACAAAGAGCAGCUGAGCCACCUGGAAAGGACACCCUCCAACCUGUUAAGAUGCCUGAUGGCUGUUCAGUGUAUAAGUGUUGCAGCUUGGAUGGAAAGUUAUCCUGGCAGUCGGAGCCAAGGAAUGAAUGCCACAAAGUCACAGUACACUUAGCAGCUUACAGCCCUGCUCCAGGGAAAGGCUUCCCCAAUGUAAGCGCGGCAAUUCUGCGCAGACAGGAGAGAGUUUCCCCAGCGAAGUUGUUACAGCUCUGCUCAGCUCGGCUCAGAUCCUCCAGAGUGUGACAACUCCGCUCUGCUAGGGCAAAGUUUCCCCAGCGAAAGUGUUACAGUUUUGCUCCAUUCUGCUCCAGCUCCAGGGAAAAUUGUUACAGCUGGCCCCGACUCUGGAAGUCACACCACACAACAAACCCCACUCGGGAGAUUUACUGGGAAGGAAGAAGCCAGGAGGAUGGUUGCCUCUAGGGUGAGAAGCAGCAGCAAACUGAACAAGAUGAAGGGCGCUCUGAUGGAUAUUAUCCAACUGGCUACCCUGGACUCAGAUCCCUGGGUCCUCAUGGUUGCUGACAUUCUGAAAUCCUUUCCUGACACGGGUUCACUGAAUCUAGACCUCGAGGAGCAGAACCCCAAUGUUCAAGACAUCUUAGGAGAACUUAGAGAAAAAGUGGGCGAGUGCGAGGCAUCUGCCAUGCUGCCACUGGAGUGCCAGUACCUGAACAAGAGCGCCCUGACCACCCUUGCUGGGCCCCUCACCCCACCCGUGAAGCAUUUUCAGCUGAAGCGGAAACCCAAGAGCGCCACUCUGCGGGCAGAGCUGCUGCAGAAGUCCACCGAGACCGCCCAGCAGCUGAAGAGAAGCGCCGGGGUGCCAUUCCAUGCCAAGGGCCGGGGGCUGCUUCGCAAGAUGGACACUACAACCCCUCUCAAAGGCAUCCCGAAGCAAGCCCCCUUCAGAAGUCCCACAACACCCAGCGUCUUCAGCCCCUCUGGGAACCGGACUCCAAUACCACCUUCAAGGACGCCACUGCAGAAAGAAAGGGGUGUAAAGCUACUGGAUAUUUCUGAGCUGAAUACCGUUGGUGCUGGCCGAGAGGCAAAGAGGAGGAGGAAGACUUUAGACACAGAGGUGGUGGAAAAGCCCACCAAGGAAGAGACUGUUGUUGAAAAUGCCACUCCUGACUAUGCUGCUGGCCUGGUGUCCACGCAGAAACUCGGGUCUUUGAAUAGCGAGCCAGCACUUCCCUCCACAAGUUACCUGCCCUCCACCCCCAGUGUGGUACCGGCCUCCUCUUACAUCCCCAGCUCUGAGACGCCCCCUGCCCCUCCUUCCCGGGAAGCCAGCCGACCGCCGGAGGAGCCCAGUGCCCCAAGCCCUACACUGCCAGCUCAGUUUAAACAAAGGGCGCCUAUGUAUAACAGUGGCUUGAGCCCAGCUACGCCAACACCUGCAGCACCUACCUCGCCUCUGACACCUACUACUCCCCCAGCUGCCACUCCCACUGCUCAGACACCCCCAGUGGCCAUGGUGGCCCCACAGACCCAGGCACCUGCCCCUGUUCAGCAGCAACCCAAGAAGAACCUGUCCCUCACGAGAGAACAGAUGUUUGCUGCCCAAGAGAUGUUCAAGACGGCAAACAAGGUCACUCGGCCAGAGAAGGCCCUCAUCCUGGGCUUCAUGGCUGGCUCUCGAGAGAACCCAUGCCCGGAGCAGGGGGAUGUGAUCCAGAUCAAGCUCAGCGAGCACACAGAGGAUCUGCCCAAGGCAGACGGCCAGGGCAGUACCACCAUGCUAGUGGACACAGUGUUCGAGAUGAACUACGCCACGGGCCAGUGGACACGCUUCAAGAAGUACAAGCCCAUGACCAAUGUGUCCUAAGUGCCAUCUCUGCUGCUGACCUCAUCAGGCCAGAAGACAAGUUUUGCUGGCUAUGCUGAGUGACCCGAGCAGAUGCCCAAGGAUGUGCUCCACCCAGCACCUGCCGUGCACAGGCUCCUGGGCCCCAGGCUGGUUUAAGUUUUAGAUCAUUUCUCUGGGGAGUGUAGACUUUUUUUUUUAUUAUAAUGGGUUAGUUUUUGUGUGAUUAAGAUACUUUUUUUUUAGAUUCAGUAUUAAUAUUUUAAUGCUAAACCAAAAAAGUUCAUUUUAGUGCCUGUUAAGACUUUUACCUUUAUUUUUUUUCUUCUAAAAAACUGCACUAGCUGAGAGGACUUUCUUUGCUUGUGCAUGCCCUCCCUCAUGAGGCUGAGGGGACCAAAGGUGACACCCGGCAGGCUAGGCUGUGAGGGGGGCUAUGACCAGCCUCAGUGCCACUGUCUGCCAGGGAUUUGUAUAUGCUUUUUGUACAGUUGUAAACAUUUCAAACCUGUCUCUGGGUACCUAUUUUCAUUGUAAAAUGAUAUGAGUAUUAAAGUUUAGUUUUUCUAAAGAAA